UCCCCGAAUCAUUCUGCGAAAAUCAAAAGAAAGGUACAACCUACUGUUUGUCUGCCGAGAAAAAAAGAAAGAACAAAAAAUAAGGCCCAUUGUUUUGCUGUCUAGAACAGAAAUCAAAAUCAAAACCAAUAGAAGCGGUAACAAUAAUGUCAACAAUACCACCUGAAAUGGUUGUAAAGAACCGGUUUCUAGGGUUCCUCAUAUGGCAGUCCAUUCCCUCCUCGGCCAUCUUCUUUCUCUUCAAAACCUUUAUCUCCACCAUCACCACUAGUACUUCUACCAGCAGCAGAACUAGCAGUAGCAGAAGCAGAAGCAGAAACCUAUUACUCUCUUGUGUCCCAUCGCUUAUUACCCUCUUCAACUUCUUCACUUUCCACCUCUCUCAGCUUCUCUUCUCCGCCUCUCUCUCGCUCGUCUCAUCUCCCCACCCCCACCGCCCAGCACACCCUUUCGAGCUCAUACUCGGUCUCGUCCGCUUCCUUCUCGUCUCGGGCUCAUCAGCAUCGGUGUCCGCUGAUUUUCGCAGCGGGGCGAAGGUUUCUCUGAGCUUUGUGUUGUUUGUGGCGGCAUGUGCUAUAUCGGGAUGUCUGGGGAUGGUGUCGAUUUGCUGGGUGAAACCCAACGACUUUUAUGUGGAGUGGCUGAUUCGGGGACUUGUGAUUGGUUUGCUUUACGGGUUGGUUUACAUUUAUAAGCGCAGAUGGGUUCUGGAGUUUCCCAUUAUUCAGCGUCCACCUUUCUUCAGCUUCAAGAUGGGGCUCCCUUCAGCUACCACACGUGCUCUGAAGCUUUCUGGUGUGGCUUAUCUAUUUUCAGCUGUUUUAGGAGCAAUUCUUCCUGACGAGUUUAAGAGCCAGGCCACAGUAAAAAAGUUCAUUGCUGAGCAGAUCAUCUUUUUCAUUGGGAGUUUUGCGUUGAUCCUCUGCUGGGAAUUAAGUCACCAUUUACAUCGGGUGCUACAUACCAAGAGGUUCAUGUUUGCACCUCCCAAAGGAUCAGCAGCUGCUGAAACAAAUCCGAGUGAGGACCUCCUUGCAGCUUUGGAGGAGAGCAACCCAAGUUCUCUUCUUCGGUAUCUUGCCUAUCUUGAUCUCUGCAUGGUUUGUGAGAAUAAUGUCGAUACAUGGAGACGAGCUGCCUUUUUUGAAGAAACUGGUGAGACUUACAAACGAGUCACAGCUGUAUGCUUGAGGCCACUGGAAGAACUUGCAUCAAAGUUGGCUGAAGGCUUGGAGAGUAAUGUUGACAAAACCUCCCACCUAUCCAAUCAGUUACUCGCACUAAGUGAUUCACAUGUAGAAUCAAAGUACAGCAAACUACUGAACAACUUUCAGCUAUAUGCAUGGUGUGCCAGGACGGUUGGCUCGCUAACUGCACACUCGCACGGGGAGGACAGGUUUGGGGUUGCUCAGCUCUCUGGUAGUAAUGCUGCUGUUAUCUCAACUUUGUUAUCCUGCCUUCUUGCCGUUGAGGCAUUGAUGGGGAAGAAGACCAACAUUCAAAGCGCCCCUCAUUUGAUGGGGCCAGCUGGAAUUAAAUGGGCAACAUUAAGCACUGGAAGAGUAGAAGUUGCAGUAGCUAAAAAGAGAGGUGGGCCUCUAUAUUUGAAAGCAUAUGCCAUUGCUGAUGUUUUAAGGACCUCAAUCUACCAUGUUGUGUCUGCUUUCCACGAUGAGAUGCUGAAGAGCGCUAAGUUGGGUCUUCUUGAGAAAGAUUGGAUCAUCAGCGGCAAGCCUCUUUUUGGCUCCCGUGAGCUCCUGCUGCAUAAACUCCGUCUUUUCCUGGAUUUCCGAGCGAACUAACUGCUGAAUUGCCUGGGUUCAAAUCAUUAGCCCCUUUUUUUGAUUUCCAUUUUGCAGUUUUUGAACUUUCCUGUGAGGACAUCAUAAAUAAAGAGGCGGUCUUGUUUGCAAAUCCUGAGUUAUAGGGCUGAAUACAGAGAGAGAAUGUCGAUUUUGCUUAAAAAAAAAAAUCAGAGGAAAGUUCAAUAGAUUAAGCUGUAUGAUCUCUGAGUGCACACCUGAAUUGACUGUAUUAUCGAGUUCCUUAAUGCUAUUUUACUGAUUCACA